GUUUGGUCCUUUCAGCUGCUGUGCAUCAUCCUGAGCAAUGGCCCCCUUUUUACGGAUAUCUUUCAACUCCUUUGAGCUGGGACCUGUGCAGAAUCAAGGAGAACAACUACAGCCUUUCUGUGCUAUCAAGAUGAAGGAAGCUCUGACUACAGAGAGAGGAAAAACUCUGAUUCAGAAGAAACCCACUAUGUAUCCUGAAUGGAAAUCGACUUUUGAUGCCCACAUUUACGAGGGCCGGGUGAUCCAGAUUGUGCUGAUGAAGGCAGCAGAGGAGCCUCUGUCUGAGGUGACUGUGGGUGUGUCAGUGCUGGCAGAACGGUGCAAAAAGGGCAAUGGCAAAGCAGAAUUCUGGCUUGACCUUCAGCCUCAGGGGAAGGUGCUGAUGGCUGUGCAGUAUUUUUUGGAAGAUGCAGAUUGCAGACAGUCGAUGAGGGAAGAGGAGGGGACAGUGACUAUCAACAGGAGAGGAGCUAUCAAGCAAGCCAAAAUCCACUACAUCAAAAAUCAUGAAUUUAUUGCCACCUUCUUUGGACAACCUACAUUUUGCUCUGUCUGCAGAGACUUUGUAUGGGGACUCAACAAGCAGGGAUACAAAUGUAGACAAUGCAAUGCUGCUAUUCAUAAGAAAUGCAUUGAUAAAAUCAUUGGGAGGUGUACUGGUACUGCAGCCAACAGCAGGGACACAAUGUUCCAGAAGGAGCGCUUCAACAUCGACAUGCCCCACCGCUUCCGAGUCUACAACUACAUGAGCCCCACCUUCUGUGACCACUGUGGCAGCCUGCUCUGGGGGCUGGUCAGGCAAGGGCUCAAGUGUGAAGAAUGUGGGAUGAAUGUGCAUCAUAAAUGCCAGAAGAAGGUGGCAAACUUAUGUGGAAUAAACCAGAAGUUGCUAGCUGAAGCUUUAAAUCAAGUUAGCCAGAAAUCUACACGAAGGUCUGAUUCUGGAUCUGUAGAAAGUGUUGGUAUUUAUCAAGAUUUUGAUAAGAAACAUAAAGCUCCCGGAGGAGACACAACAGCAGAUAACAGUGAGUACGAUAAGCUCUGGGAGGGAAACACAACCAAGCCAUUGCCAAGAACUGCAAGGAGAAAAUUCAACAUAGACAGCUUUGUCUUCCACAAAGUGCUGGGGAAAGGCAGCUUUGGAAAGGUUCUCCUUGCAGAGCUGAAAGGGAAGAAUGAAUUCUUUGCAAUCAAAGCUCUGAAGAAGGACGUAGUGCUAAUUGAUGAUGACGUGGAAUGUACCAUGGUGGAAAAGAGGGUCCUUGCUCUUGCCUGGGAAAAUCCAUUUCUCACACAUCUUUACUGCACGUUCCAGACAAAGGAUCAUUUGUUCUUCGUUAUGGAGUUCCUGAAUGGGGGAGACCUGAUGUUCCACAUCCAAGACAAAGGGCGCUUCGACCUCUACAGAGCAACGUUUUAUGGAGCUGAGAUUUUAUGUGGGCUCCAGUUUCUUCACAGCAAAGGCAUUAUUUAUAGAGACCUAAAACUGGACAAUGUGAUGCUUGACAAAGAAGGCCACAUCAAAAUAGCUGAUUUUGGAAUGUGCAAAGAAAACGUUGUUGGUGACAACAAGGCAAGCACUUUCUGUGGGACCCCCGACUACAUUGCUCCUGAGAUCCUGCAGGGUUUGCGGUACACGUUCUCGGUGGACUGGUGGUCCUUUGGGGUGCUGCUGUAUGAGAUGCUGAUUGGCCAGUCCCCUUUCCAUGGGGAUGAUGAAGAUGAGCUGUUUGAGUCAAUCCGAGUGGACACCCCUCACUACCCACGCUGGAUUACCAAGGAAUCCAAGGAUAUAUUAGAAAAGCUCUUUGAAAGGGAUCCAGCAAAAAGACUUGGGGUCACUGGGAAUAUCAGAGACCAUCCUUUCUUCAAAACAAUCAACUGGACAGCGCUGGAGAAGAGGGAGGUGGACCCUCCCUUCAGGCCAAAAGUGAAAUCAGCAAGUGACUACAACAACUUUGACAGAGAAUUUCUGAGUGAGAAGCCAAAAUUGUCUUACAGUGACAAAAACCUGAUUGAGUCCAUGGAUCAGUCUGCAUUUGAUGGAUUUUCUUUUAUUAACCCAAAAUUUGAACAGAUCUUGAACAAGUAAGUCUCUGAACAGCUGGACUUUACAGCAGGGUUACACAUUACAAACCCAGACUCCCAAGUGUUAAUGCAUUCCAACGACGUUGAUACUUCAGAAUAAUACACAGUAGUGUGAUGAAUUGUGUUCAGCUCCUGAUUUACUGGGAGUGUUUUUAUGCAUGGUUGGGUUUAAGGUAUGUGAAUCACGUGCAUUAUUUUCUCUGUUUGGGAAAAUGUAAAUUCUGUUUGGUACUUGAAUGUAGUUAUGUUAUAUAUAUAUGUGUGUGUGCUGUAUAUUUUGCUCGAGAGAAGACAUUGGAGAACAGAAGAUGUCUUUUUAAAAUGUGUUUGAGCCCUUGGUUCUCUUGUUUGUCUUCAAUUAAAAGAAA